AUGGCGCCACCUCUUGGCAUCUCUACCCAAGCGAUCUCGGGACGAAAUGACUGGGAGAACGAGGCUGUCUUCCGCCGCAACUGUUUGCCGCACCGCUCCUACUAUCUCCCCGAGGGCACUGUCAGUCUUAAUGGCACCUGGAGCUUCCAGCUUUCCAAAAGGCCUAUUGAUGCCCCGCAUCCAAACCCGCAGGACUCUAUUGUGGCGCUUUGCCCUCAUUCAAUAACUGUUCCGGGCCACUGGCAGCUAGAGGGCCGACAGCAGGGCCUAGACUGGGGCAAACCUUGGUACACGAAUGUGCAGUACCCCAUUCCAGCCACACCUCCAUACGUGCCCUCAGACAACCCAACCGGCACUUACUUCAGGAAGUUUGAUCUUCCGAAAGGCUGGUCCAAAGACCAGAACCGUCUAGUGUUGCGUUUUGACGGUGUCGACAGUGCCUACCACAUCUGGGUCAACGGUAUACUUUUAGGGUACGCCCAAGGCUCUCGAAAUGCUGCGGAAUUUGAUAUUACUGAAGCCACACACUCUGAUAUUUCAAACGAGCUCGUCGUGCGCGUGUACCAGUGGUCAGAUGGGACCUACAUUGAAGACCAGGAUCAGUGGUGGCUUUCGGGCAUCUUCCGGGAUGUGCAUCUGAUUUCAGUGCCUCGUGACUGUGUCAUCGAAGACUGGUUUCUCCGUACAAACCUGGACAGCGAAUACAAAGACGCUGAGAUUGAGGCUUCAGUGCAGGUGUUGGUGACCGAGCCAGCCCAUCUCACGUUCCAGCUCAAGGACACAGACGACGAUGACGUGAUCCUGACUGAGAAGACGGUGUCAGUGGCCACAAGCACACCAGGUGCCAGUUCCAAUGUCAGCGUCACCAUCCCAGUUUCAAACCCGCGGAAAUGGACGGCCGAAACACCGCGUCUUUAUCGUGUGGAAAUGACUUUACGCUCUCGGGGAGAGAAUUAUACCGUCCACCAAAACAUCGGCUUCCGUAAAGUCGAGCUACUAAACGGCCUGAUCUGUGUCAACGGGCAGGCCAUUCGGAUAAAUGGUGUCAACCGACAUGACCACCAUCCAACCAAGGGACGUGCUGUCCCCCUCGACUUUAUGUGGGAUGACCUUGUCCUCAUGAAGGCGCAUGGAAUCAAUUCCCUGCGGUGCUCCCAUUAUCCUCCCCAUCCACGACUGCUGGACAUGACGGACAAACUAGGGCUGUGGGUCAUGGACGAGGCGGAUCUCGAGUGUCAUGGCUUUUUAGAUGCCGUUGCUCGCCAUAUGGAUAUCCCAGAGUCUAUGGACUAUGACGAUCGAAAGGAGCUUGUCUACCCGGAGGCUAGCAAGUUCACAUCCGACAACGAAAGCUGGCACGGAGCGUAUGUGGACCGCAUGGAAGCAAUGGUGCAGCGCGACAAGAACCAUGCCUCUGUUAUCGUCUGGUCGCUGGGUAACGAAGCCAUCUAUGGCCGAAAUCACCACGCCAUGUAUCUAUAUGCCAAGGAGCAGGACCCAGGCCGUCUGGUGCACUAUGAAGCCGACAAUCUGGCUCGGUCAUCCGACAUGUACUCGUACAUGUACCCAAGCAUCGAAAAGCUUACCAGCCAUGUUGAAACAGCAGGCGUUGCGUCCGACGGCUCUUUUGCAAAACCCGUUGUCCUGUGCGAAUAUGCCCACGCAAUGGGCAACGGGCCGGGCGGACUUGAAGACUACGAAGCCAUGUUCCGCAAGUAUCCCCGUCUCCAGGGUGGUUACGUCUGGGAAUGGGCCAAUCAUGGAAUAUGGAAGGAAGACUCUGCGACGCAAAAGUACUAUGCUUACGGUGGAGACUUUGGCGACAUCCCCAAUGACGGCACAUUUGUCAUGGACGGCUUGUGUACGAGUACUCAUAAGCCGACUCCUGGACUGCUAGAGCUGAAGAGUAUCAUGCAGCCAGUCCGGCUGGAACUUGACACGUCAGACCGCACCGUCCUUCUGCUCCACAACCUCUACGACUUCAUCGACCUCGGCCAUCUGCGGCUGACAUUCAAGAUAGAGCAGUUUGGUGGGAAGUACGUGGUGCUCAAGUCAGGGACCGUGGAGCUGCCCAGCGUGCCUCCAGGAAGCACGGCAAAGGUGACAUUGCCACUGGACUACAACUCCUACGUCGAAGGUUCAGACACCCUUCUCACGGUGGUUCUCGCAGAAGAAGAUGACAGUUCGUACACCGCACGCUUCCAGCAGUACCUGACAAAGGAAAGAAAAGACCGACUAGUGCUUCCGCAGCUUGGCCCCCGGCUUCCCGAAGGGCAAAAGAAGCCAGUUGUCAGCAGGAUGAGCGGUAUCGUGGCAGUAUCCGGCACAAACACGUCCGGAGAUAGUCGGUGGUCAAUUGCUUUCGACGAGCACGAGGGCCACCUCCUGAGCUGGACCCGAGAUGGGUUCGAAAUUCUCAAGCCCCUGUCAGGGGCAUGUGGGCCGGUCCUGGAGCCUGGCUUUUGGCGCCCACCUACCGACAACGACCAGCCAGUCGCAGUGCCUUACUGGAGGCGAUACGGCGUCGACUUGAUAAAAUACCAUCGUACAACGUGCAUGUCUGUUGAAGAGCAUCAUGUCGAUAAGGUGAUCAUCCAGACGAAGUCACAUUAUGCACCGCCUGUGCUGGCCUGGCAAUGGGAAAGCGACAUGACAUACACGAUCACAGACACUGGCACGCUGAAAGUAUCUGUCCAUCUGAAUCCAACGGGGUGGUUUCCAGAGCACGUGCCACGAGUCGGACUGAAUUUGGGUCUGAACUCGGACUUGGGCGAGUUUACGUGGUACGGCAGAGGUCCUGGCGAAUCCUACCCUGACAAAUGCUCGAGUCAGCUUCUGGGCAUCCACACCGUUGCCGGGUUGGACAGCUUGGAGGGGCCGUACGAUGUGCCACAAGAGAACGGAAACCGAAGCGGGACAGGCUGGCUGGUGGUGAAAAAGUCGUCGUCUGGCGCGACAGACCCAUCUUUCUGUGGACUUAGGGUUAGUCUCGACGGGGUGGGAGCUGAAGAGACCACCUCGCGCGUCAGCAAAGUCAACCGAACCAGUCUGUCUAGCGGAUUUGACUGGGCAGCAACGCGGUACACGGCCAAGAUGGUAGAAGAUGCGAGGCAUCCGUGUGAUUUGCGAGCAUCGUCAGAUACAACGCUGCGACUGGAUGCCAAGGUGGCAGGUGUGGGGUCGGCAGCAUGUGGACCAGGCGUGAGGCCAGACCUUCUAGGCCGCGUGGAGGAGAUGCAGUUCGGAUUCUGCCUGGAGCCUUUCGACGAUGGAGGGCCGGAGGUAGUGUAA